AGAAAGAUCACAUCAUGUCAUUCAAGCAAGCAGUUUAUAAGAGAAACACACCUUGCCUCGAGUAGUCUUUUUCUGCUAUUCUGUAUUUUUGAAAAAUGGACAGUGCCUUUGACAAACUGGAUGCUGCUGGCUUCUUGGAGAUCUGGCAGCACUUUGAUGCAGAUGACAAUGGCUACAUUGAGGGCAAGGAGCUGGAUGAGUUUUUCCGUCAUAUGAUGAAGAGACUGGGGCCACAGGAGAAAUUGACUGAAGAGCGAGUCCAGAGAGUGAAGCAGAGGUUCAUGUCCGCCUACGACGUCUCUGCUGAUGGCAAACUACAGAUCCAGGAGUUGGCCCACAUGAUCCUACCUGAGCGUGAGAACUUCCUGUUGAUCUUCCACAGAGAAGCUCCCCUGGACAACAGUGUGGACUUUAUGAAGAUAUGGAGGAAGUACGACGUGGACAGCAGCGGCUACAUAUCAGCUCAAGAGCUAAAGGCUUUCCUGAAAGACUUGUUCCAGCAGCACGGCAGGAAAGUGUCACCUGACAAGCUGGAGGAAUACACCGACACAAUGAUGAAAAUCUUUGACAAAAACAGGGAUGGUCGUUUGGAUCUCAAUGACCUAGCCAGGAUCUUGGCUUUAGAAGAGAAUUUUUUGCUCCAGUUCCAGUUGGAUGCUGGCAGCAAAGACGAGAGGAAACGAGACUUUGAGAAGAUUUUUGAUCAUUAUGAUAUUAGCAAGACUGGAGCACUGGAGGGUCCUGAGGUGGAUGGCUUUGUCAAAGAUAUGAUGGAACUGGUCAGGCCCAACCUCACAGGUCCUGAGCUGGACAAGCUGCGAGCUGUUUUGCUACGUCACUGUGACGUCAACAAGGAUGGAAAGAUCCAGAAAAAUGAGCUCUCGCUGUGUCUGGGUGUGAAGCCGACACAGUGAAGCUGUACAACUGGAGCAUUGUGUUGGAUUGUAAAAGCAUGAAUACAUUUGAAUGUACGUGCAAAAGCAGCGAGAGAUGGCGGUUGAUGUGUGAGAGUCAAAUUGACUGACUACUGUAUAAUGGAAAAACACAUUGAGAUAGUGUGCAGUAUAAAGAAAAAUGAUGUGUAUUGUGCAUGAGUCCAAAUUAAAUGCAAUGUGAAUGUUUCUGGCUAAAAACUCUUUUUUUUUGCUGUAGAGGUAAUAGCUACAAGUUGGAUACAAAAGAGAGAAAUAGCAUUUUGAUUUCAAACAACUACUACACAUGGGGUGCAUGCCACUGCCAUCUUGUAUUGUGUCAUCACUGUGGUUACAUCAAUUACUGAAUAAAAAGC